CUCCAGCUCCAUCAGCCCCAGCUCCUCUUCCUCCUCCUCCUCCUCCUCUCUGCUCACCUCCGAUCACCGAGGCGAUGCUGUGCUCGGUGCUGCCCCUGCUGCUCAGUCUGAGUCCUGCAUUUCUGGUCCUGCUGCAGCUUCCUGCCUACACCAGCACACAGGAAGGACACUGGGAGGACUACGAGUAUGGCCACCAGGACUCAGAGAAAAAGCCGUUCUGCUCCUGGAAAUGCCUCGUGCUCACUCUGCAGUGGCCUGCAGGGUUCUGUCAGUCUCUGGACAAAGAGGACAUCUGCCACAUCCCUCAGAGCGUCAACAGCUGGACGAUCCACGGUCUCUGGCCCUUUCGGGCGUAUGGUUGCUGCAACUGCUGGCCGAUGUUCCGCUCAGACAUCCAGGAGCUGGAAGCGGAGCUGACAGAACACUGGCCAUCCUUACUGAAAAAGAAUUCCAGCUUCCACUUCUGGAGAGAGGAGUGGAGGAAACAUGGAGCCUGUGCAGCCUGCGAGGAAGGCCUGAACUCUCCACUCAGAUACUUCCAGCUCAGCCUGAAACUGAGAGGACAGUUCAACAUCCAGCAGUUGCUGGAGGACGCCGGCAUCACUCCGUCCUGUGAUCGACGCUACAAGGUUGUGGAGGUUCAGCAGGUCCUGGCUCCACAUCUGGGUGACAGACACGUGAUCCAAUGUGUUACAGACGACAAGGACAGAAACGUGUGGUUUCAGGUGAAGAUCCCUCUGUCUCGCAACCUAACCGUCGGCUGCGAUCACCACGGCGACGCUGAAAGAGACCCGGAGCCCGUGUCCGGCCCGGGACCGACGGCCUCCCCUGCGCACCCCUGCCCUCCUCAGGUUCCGUUCUACUACUUUCCCAUAGACCACCAGCAGCCCCGGCGGCCCUGCGGCUAACAGCUGCUUGUCUUCAUCGUUUUCAGUGAGGAACUAACAGGCUCACUGCUCAUGACGGAUUAUCAGAAGUGUAACUGAGCAGCUCGAGGAGAUUAAAGAUUUCAGGAAUUAAAAUGUGCUGUUAAAUUUU